CCGGGAAGACCUUGUCCGUGGGACUCAAUCCGGAAGUCUCCGGCGGUGACAGGAGGAGCUUUAUAGCGGCUGUAGUUGAGAGUUUUGGUGUUUCGGCGGCUCGCGUAAAGCGAGGAUUGCUUCCUUUGCUUCCGUCAACGGCGGGCAGUUUGGCUGCUUGGAGAUUCAAGUCUAGUUUUUUUUUUCUUUCUUUCUUGGUGCUGCUGCUGCCAUCAUGUCCUCUGAUUUCGAGGGCUACGAGCAAGACUUUUCGGUUCUUACCGCUGAGAUCACGAACCGCAUCGGAAAAAUCCCCAAGUUGAUUGGAGAUGAGAAGAGACAGUUGGUUUCAAGUGUGGAAAAGCAGUUGGAGGAAGCAAGAGAGUUGUUGGAACAAAUGGAACUUGAAGUGCGUGAAAUCCCUCCACAGAGCCGAGCCAUGUACAGCAGUAGAAUGAAGAGCUACAAGCAAGAAAUGGAAAAACUUGACACAGAUUUUAAAAGGUCACGGAUUGCCUACAGUGACGAGGUGCGGAAUGAGCUCCUAGGGGAUGAUGGGAAUUCCUCAGAGAUCCAGUUGAUAAAAUUACGUGAAGAGAGGGCACAUCUGCUCGAUAACACAGAGAGGCUGGAAAGGUCAUCUCGGAGACUAGAGGCUGGAUACCAAAUAGCAGUGGAAACUGAACAAAUUGGUCAAGACAUAUUAGAAAAUCUGAGUCAUGACAGAGAGAAGAUCCAGCGUGCUCGAGACAGACUUAGAGAAACUGAUGCAAACUUGGGAAAGAGUUCAAGAAUCCUUACAGGAAUGUUACGAAGGUAAGAGCAAGAAUCAUCCAGAACCGGAUUUUGCUUGUUAUCUUGGCAGUCAUCAUCAUCUUUGCAGUUCUGAUGGUUAUUUUUUUUUCUGUCAGGAGACAUUGAUAUCUUUGUUCUUUGCUAACCAAUAGCAAACAGCUUCAGAGUCAUGAAGACAAAGUGGCCACACGAAUCAUUCUCUUGCACUGAAAUGGCUCUCCUUCUCAAAGCCCACAGUUGAUCUCUGGUGCAAAUAGCAGAAGGGUAUGUGUCAUUAUUGGCUGCAUGUUGAUUAAAUAAUUGUCUUUGGUUUAGCGAUAUUUCAUAAUAGGAAUUUCCAUAUUUAGCAUAUGGAACAAGCAUCACUAUCAGAUAUGAAGACUGCCGUCAUAAUUACUGAACUAAAUUUAAGGGCAAAUAGUUUAUACUGAUAAUGACAACAAUUGAGACACACAAUUUCUAUUGAAUUGGUAUUUAAAUCUUUAUAUUUUAUAAUCCUGGAAAUAGAGGCAAAUCAAUAAAUAAAUAAAUCCACACCUA